GAUUAAGAGGAAAUUUUUUGUUUUUGUCUCUUUCCCUGUAACUUCCUUAAAUUUUGUUCCUUACUGGGAUCCAACGGUACCCUAAAUUCUAGUUAAGUGUAUAUGGCAGUGAUCAUGCGCUCCAGUGCGCAUGACCAAAAUUCCCACGAAUGUCCAUCACUGCCUUUGUCGAUUCACGUUUGUCUUCUCUCUUGACUCGCCCGAAAUAGUCCGAAGUGCAUCUGCGCUCACUUCGGGCAACUUCGGAGAAUCGAGAAAGAGAGUGAGUGUCAGUUUAUCUUUCUCGACUCUCCGAAAUUUUAUGACGUCACACACUGCCCGGUGCACCGAGAGCUCCGUCUGGCAUCACUGGGUUCAACCAGUGCCCGGUUUGAUAACAUUUCUCGGGUGCCAAUUUAUGUCAAGUUAGAUACGUCUUGCUACUUCGUCUAUGUUCAAAAUAAACCGUGUAAAUUGUACACGAUGUAUGUAAAUAAAAUGUGACACGAUCUUCGAUUAAAAGCAUUAUAUCUAUAUCGCGAGAAACGUAACAAAUGCUCGGAAUACGGAAACGUAGCCUCCAAAAAGUAUUAGAAACGAGAAGUUCGUGGCAGGGAGAAAUUAUUUCGAACCAUUAGACCGCUCCCGGCAAAUAUGAAAACCGAAAUCUCUUGGAAACGUCGUUUUCUUCGGAAAAAGUUCAAGUACACGUUGAUCUGUGUUUUUAUAGUCGCUGUAAUUUUUGUUGUUCACCAGUUAUUUUAUUUCAAGCAACUUAACCAAGCAAUCGUAGGGAAAUUAAUUAGUGGCUCGGUGCGAACAUCCAAUUACAUCGUUACUGGCAAAGUGGGUUCAAAGUGGAACGAACCGUUGCAUUCCAAACACCUACGCGACAAGGAUGGUCGAAUCGUAUCGUUGCGUGGAACGCGCGAUCAGGAUAUUACCAAGUAUCUGCCAAACGCGCGUGGAAAUUUUGUUUGCUUCGCUUCAAAGGCGGAGAUAGACUUUGUUAAAAUUAAUGACAAUUAUUGUGAUUGUACCGUGGAUGGCAGUGAUGAGCCUGGCACCAAUGCAUGCAACAACGGUAUUUUUAAUUGUGAAAUCUCAUCGUCACAAUUUACAGUGAAAAUACCAUCUCACAAAGUUAACGAUGGAUUCUGUGACUGUUGCGACGGAUCCGACGAGUGGGCGGAAGUAAAAUUGUCUCACUUAAACAAUGUUUCAAGAAAAUUAAAAAAAAAUCCAAUUAUGCAAUCUGAUACAGAUUCGAAUAAAACAGUUUGGGAUCCCAUUAAUGUAUUAAAUCCUCCCACACACUACAAAUAUGCUGUAAUUAUACUGAAUCGUCCUCUUUUAUGGAAACGUGAUAUUUUAUUCAAUAUCUGGGAAAAAGCUCAGAUCAAUGUCACCGUCGAUGGUGGAACGCUUAGGUGGAUACAUUAUUUAGAAAAACAAGGUAUCGACCUGUUGAAUGAAAAAUAUAGCAAAUACGUGCCAGAUUUAAUUACCGGCGACAUGGAUAGUUGUUCUUCGGCAGUUCUUGAACAGAUGAAAUCCAUGGGUUCGAUGGUCGUUGAGACACCUGAUCAGGAUCUUACGGAUUACAUGAAGGCCUUGAUUGAGAUAGGACAAUUGAACAAGAAGGCAAAGAUGAAGUUAAAGGCAAUAUAUGUAUUUGUAGAAACUUCAGGACGAUGUGAUCAUAUUCUUGGAAAUAUUAAUACGCUAUAUAAAAGUGAUCAGUUUAUCAAAGAUGUACAGAUUAUACAAAUUGGAAAUAAUUCGUUAACGUGGCUUUUGAAACAAGGUUUUCACACUAUAAAUAUUCCUAACACUUUGGUGCAAAAUAGUAGUUCGUGCGGACUAUUCCCGAUUGGCGAGCCUGCUAAUUCCAUUACAACAACUGGUUUAAAGUGGAAUUUAAACAAUGCGACUAUGCGGUUUGGGGGUUUGGUGAGUUCUUCGAAUACUUAUACUUGUUCUAAAAUAACUAUUCAUACAGAAACGCCAGUGAUAUGGACCAUGAAUAUCGCGCCACUUAAAGAAAAUGUGAACAGUUGUGGAGAGCUUACAGUGAAUUCUGAUUGUCAUUAAAUGACAUUAUCUUUGGUAAAAUUUUUAGUUAAACUUCCGAAAAGCAUCCAUCCCCGGGGGUGCUUUUCGAACAUGCACCCGGAUUUUUGAUUUAAUAUAUUCGGUCCUGGUACUUAAAAAAGGAACAUAAAAUAAAAUAACUUUCAUCAAAGUCGUGGAAUAUUAAAUCAACGU